AUGAGCAAAUAAUAUAAUAAGAGGGGCAACUAUAAGCCUCGCUAAGAAGCUUACGAGUAUGUAACGAAGGAGGAGUAUGAGCAAUAGCAAAUAUAGUAGAAUUAAGAAUAAUAGCAGAAAGCAUAAAAUCCCCCAAAAAAACAAUAAUAAUAGAUUUAAAAGAAUAAAUAAGAUGAUGAGAGGCGAGAAUAGUAGUAGCAAUAGCAUUACUAAAAAAAGUAGCCUGAGUAUAAAUAGUAUCAGAAACAAAAUAAUUAGAAGGACAACAAACCCUAUCAAAAAAGAUUUUAAUAGAGUGUUGAGGUGGAUGAAGAUUACAGAAGAGAUGAUCCAUAGGUCGAAGAAGACACCUAAAAGUUCGACAUAACAAAAGUGAAGUAAAAGGAGUUGACAUAAACUUUGAUAAAAAUGCUCAAAUAUAGAAAAAUCGAAUGUCCAGUAUGCUAUGAUAAAAUACAUCCAUAACAAAAGAUAUGGAGUUGCACUUAGUGUUAUUUCCCAUUCCAUUUGUAUUGCAUGCAUAAAUGGAUAAAGAAUUUAAAUCCAAAAAAUACCAAUUAAUUGUACUACUGGAGUUGUCCAAAGUGCAAUCUCAUGAUCCAAGAUAAGUUGCCAGAAUAUAAAUGCUUUUGUGGAAAACAAUAAGAUCCAGAGGCAGACUCCUAUUCUGUUCCACAUUCAUGUUCAUAGAAAUGCGAAAAGAAGAGAGGAUAAUAUUGUCCUCAUCCUUGUCCAAUGGAUUGCCAUCCUGGACCAUGUCCUGAAUGUCAUGUCCAAGGAGUGGAGAUCAAAUGUUUUUGUGGCAAGAAAACUAAGCAAAUGCAAUGCAGUGAAAUAAAGAAGGAUUUUUCAUGUGGAUAACCUUGUGGCAAGUUAUUGAAUUGCAAUAAUCACUUUUGCUAGAAACCAUGUCACAAUGGAAAUUGUUAACCUUGUGUAGAGACUCAUGAAGUUUAAUGUUAUUGUGGAUCCUAAUAAAAUACAAUAAAUUGUGCCUAAGCUUCUUAUUCUUGUGGUAAAGUGUGUGGGAAAGCGCUUGAUUGUGGUAAGCAUCAAUGUUUUGAAUAAUGCCAUCCCAAAUGUUAACCAUGCAAAUUAAAGCCAGAAUUAGUAGUAUAUUGUGCAUGUGGAAAAUAUAAAAUUAAUGAUUUAAUCAAGGAACAACGAAAAUCCUGUUUGGAUCCAAUUCCCAAUUGUGGAACUCCUAUAGAAACCACUCUUGCAUGUGGACAUAAAAGUAGAACUAUCUGUGGUUCUGAUUAUCCAGAAUGUGUAUAAAAAGUAAAAGAGAAAUGUAGAUGUGGAGAUUCUACAAGAUUAAAAUUAUGCAAUGAUAAAUCACUAUUUGUGUGUGAUGAUGUAUGCAAAAAGAGAAAGUCAUGUGGAGUUCAUUUCUGUUAAAAGGAGUGUUGUCCAUCUGGAGAUUAAGAGGCUCAUUUAUGUUUGAAAGUCUGUAAUAAACCACUUCCAUGUGGUCAACAUAAUUGUGAUUAAUUUUGUCACAUUGGUGCAUGUCAAUAAUGCCCAAUUAUAAUUAACUAACCUCUAUAUUGUCCUUGUGGUAAAAGUGUAAAAAAUCCACCUAUGAAGUGUGGCACAGCUCCACCUUCAUGCUUAGAGGUUUGUAAUAAGGUCUUAGAAUGUGGACAUAGUUGUAAAUCAUUAUGUCAUCCUGGACCAUGUCCUAAUUGCAUGGAGUAGAUUGAUAAAUUCUGUAGAUGCAAACAAAACAAACUCUCAACUAUCUGUUCAAAAUAAGCUGUCUGCAGGAAUGUCUGCAGUAAAGUAUUAAAUUGUGGACAUAAAUGUUAAGAAAUAUGCUAAGCUCAAGAGGAAUGUCCUGGAAAUGGACCUGAAGGUUGUGGUUAAAAAUGCAAUGCUAAAAAGCUAUGCAAUCAUUUAUGCUAAGAAAUUUGUCAUCCAAAUGAAGCUUGUCCCAAACAACCUUGCAAAAUAUAGAUUAGAGUUGUUUGCACUUGUGGUAACAGAGACACUUUCACAGAAUGUGGAGUCGUGGAUGAAUUGAUUGAGAAGACUUUGAAAUGUGAUUAGAAAUGUUAGAACAUCAAGAGAUUUGGAGCUUUUUAUAAAUCAAAUUCUCUUGUCGAUAUUGAGAAAACCUAUUAUCCAGACAUCUUACUUAAAUAUACUCAUUAUAAUUUGUAGAAUCUCUAAAAAAUGGAAGAAAAGAUCGAACACUUCCUUGUACAUUCCAAACCAGAAGAUGGAUAUGAUUUCUCAUUCCCAAGGUCUGAAUGGUCUGAAUUGAAGAAAGUUGCUCUACAGACUCUAUUUUCUAGACAUUACAAAUUUGAUGUCCAAAUUCUAAAAACAUAAAACAAGUAAUACUUGUUCAGUCUUUACAAAACUUAGGAUACUUGCAUCCCCAAGAUCAAGCUUUCUGAAUACUUCAUUAAGGUCUAGAAAGGAAUCAUCAAGAGAGAUCAUCAACCCUUCAAAGCAAAGGUAAAGACUUUUUAUGAAGUGUCAUCUACAGAUGCUGUUAAUAUUGAAAAUGCCCUCUCUGAUUUCAAAGGAGACUUUUAUUCAGAAAGAUAAUCUCAAUAAUACGUGCUUAAUUUUUGGGAUGAAGCUCAAGCUGAAUUAGCACUCAAGAAACUCAAAAAGGCAGUUGGAUUAUUGAAUGUAAAUUGGGUGUUGGAAAUGAAUCAAUAAUGUUUGGAUGAAUACAAACGAAUCUUUGACCCUGCUCAAGAGAAUGACAUCAUUGUUAAACCAAAAAAGGCGAAGCAGUAUGAAUACGAAGAAUAGACCCUCGAAGUCUAAUACAGCAAAUUAGAGGAGGAGAAUUUCAGCAAACUCUAGAAGCAGUAUUCUGACAAAGCCAAAUUGACCAAGAAAUGUGAUGAUGAAGAAAUCGAAGAAAGAAUCAAUAAUCAAUAAUUGUCCAUUUUCGAGUAAGAUGGAUUUUAUUAAUAUGAAAUUCAACCCAUCAGAGAGAACAUCAUCAGAGCAUACAAAUCAGAAUAGAAACCCUUCGUGCCAGAGUAUGUGAGAACUCCAGAUACAUUAUGUAAGACUGUUGAUUUCCUCCUCCAAAACUUCUUGAGAGCAGAUGCUCCGGAUUCAGAUUUCAAAAAGCCCAUGAAAGGAGACACUCCAAGAGACAUCGGGUAUUUAGACAUCUACGAAUUCAUACACGAUAGAUUAAAAUAAGUGAGAGUUGAAUUGAAUUACCUUCAAUAUGAAGACGAGAGCAUUUAUGGUAUUUUAUUAGUAUUCUAUGUUUUAGUUAGUAUCAUUCGAUUUUAUGUGUUGUCUCAUUCUUAAUUAACUGAUAAUUAAGACAAUCUUAGAACCUUAUGUGAAUUGCUGAAGACAUUCAGAAACGAGGAAACUCUGUAAUAUACUUUAAUAUUAUCUUGUUUCCACGAAAUCCCUGAAUGUCAGGAAUUCUAUUCUCAAGUGUUGAAGAUGAAGGAGUAGGAUAAUUAAAAUCCCACUAUUUAAAUUUUUAUAGACUUAGUUACUCAAAUGGAUUCAAAAUAAUAUCACAAAUACUUUGAUUUGUAUCAGAAGUCUGAAAAUUUGUUGGUCAAAUCGUUGAUGCAUGGUUUCUUAAGCCUGGUCAUAGGAUAAGUGAAUCUUUAAUUCUAACAAAUAGUUUCAAGUUUGGAAUAAGAUCAAUAAUUCAUAGCUAUUGCUAGAUUAUUGGAAUAAUUGUAAAUUGGAGAAAAGAAUAAUUUAGUUGAAUAUUUAAAUUAAUUGGGGAUCAGUGAUCUGCAAUUUUAAGUUUCACAAUCUGAUUCUGAAGUUGAAGAAAUAAAUAUCUCAUAAAUUUUGUAAUAAUUAAAGAAAAAGAAGCCAUUGGAAAUGCUGGAUCUUGAUAGAUUGGCAGCAAUAUUCUGA